UGCGGAGGGCGGGGUCGCGGUCCCCGCAGGCCCUCGGCCUAGCCCCCGCCCCUCCUCUGAGCGGCUGUCAAUCAGCGGUGCCCAAAGCCUGAUUGGCCGGCGGGAGACUGUUGCCUGGGAGCUACCGCCCCCGCUUCCCCGCCCCCUCGCCCGCCUUCCGUACUCUUCCGCCCUCCCCAGGGCCCUGGGAAGGGGCUCAGCGUGGGAAAGGGAUGGUUGAGUUUUAACUGGAGGCAGAGCGUGAGCGAGAUCAGUGUGUGCGGAACGCGAGCAGCAGAGCGCGGAGAGGCACCGCUGUUGUUAACUCCUCCCUGCCCGCCGCGCCGACCCUCCCCUGGAGCCGCAGCACAGCCAGCAUGAAGCGAACUCACGCCGACUACAGCUCUUCGGACAGCGAGCUGGACGAGACCAUAGAGGUGGAGAAGGAGAGUGCGGACGAGAGUGGAAACUUGAGUUCGGCUCUAGGUUCCAUGUCCCCAACUACAUCUUCCCAAAUUUUGGCCAGGAAAAGAAGGAGAGGCAUAAUUGAGAAGCGCAGAAGAGACCGGAUCAAUAACAGUUUGUCUGAGUUAAGGAGACUGGUACCCAGUGCUUUUGAGAAGCAGGUAAUGGAGAAAGGAUCAGCUAAGCUAGAAAAAGCUGAGAUCUUGCAGAUGACCGUGGAUCACCUGAAAAUGCUGCACACUGCAGGAGGGAAAGGCUAUUUUGAUGCUCACGCCCUUGCUAUGGACUACCGGAGUUUGGGGUUUCGGGAAUGCCUGGCAGAAGUUGCCCGUUACCUGAGCAUCAUUGAAGGACUAGAUGCUUCUGACCCACUUCGAGUCCGACUGGUCUCACAUCUCAACAAUUACGCCUCCCAGCGGGAAGCUGCCAGUAGCGCCCACACGGGCCUUGGACAUAGUCCCUGGGGGAGCGCCUUCGGACAUCACCCACACAUCUCACACCCUUUGUUGCUGCCCCAGAGCGGCCACGGGAACACAGGCACCACAGCCUCGCCCACGGAACCCCACCACCAAGGCAGGUUGGCCUCGGCACAUCCGGAGGCGCCCACCUUGCGAGCGCCCCCUAGCGGCGGCCUUGGACCGGUGCUCCCCGUGGUCACCUCCGCCUCCAAACUUUCGCCUCCUCUGCUCUCCUCCGUGGCCUCUCUGUCGGCUUUCCCCUUCUCUUUCGGGUCCUUUCACUUACUCUCUCCCAAUGCACUGAGCCCUUCGGCACCCACGCAGGCAGCAAAUCUUGGCAAGCCCUAUAGACCUUGGGGGACGGAGAUUGGAGCUUUUUAAAGAACUGAUGUAGAACGAGGGAGGGGAAAGCUUAAAAAUCCCAGCUGGGCUGGACUGUUGCCAAUACCACCUUAAAGUCGUCAGUAAAAGUAAAAAGGAAAAAGGUACACACUUUCAGAUAAGUUGUUUUUUUAAAGACUAAAGGUUUGUUGGUUUACUUUUUAAUUUUUUUAUCAUGCCAUGUAUUAGCAAUUUUUAAAACUAGUUGUUAAAUUUUGUUUAAAACAUUAAAUUGAAAUAGUGAGUAUAAACCAACACCUGUGAUAGGUUUGCACUGUGCCUGAUUUACUUUGUAAACUAGAAUGAUUCCAUUUUGCCUCAAAGUUUUGGGACUCUUAACAUUUAGUAUUUUAGGUCUGUUUUCCAUCUUGUAUAGCUAUGGUCUAUUCUUAGAAUUAAUUUUCCAAACCACUAUGCUUAAUGUUAACAUGAUUCAAUUUGUUAAUAUUUUGACAGAUUAUAUGAAUAAUUUCUUUUUUGGGGGAAACUUAAUGAAUUUUAUAUUUCUGAACAAAGCGUUGACAAAUCAGAUGAUCAGCUUUAUCCAAGAAAGACUAGAAACUUCUCUGCCUUCUGUACCAGUAUGGUGGGUGUAACCUAUUGGUGGCCCUGAAUCCAUGUGACCAACUGCUGUUGUGUGCCAGGACUGGUAGUUCUGGCUUCAUUGGGACGGAGCCACUGAUAAGUUUGGUAGGAGAGGAAACUAAAGAUUAUUGCACAGAAUAUGCCUGCAUUUACCAGCCCUAGCAAUGCAGUGAAGUUUUAAUCUCACGGAUCUCAAAUUCACAGAUGUUAGCAUGGAUAAGUGAUCAUGGUGUGCAAGUGGUCAAUUGAAUAGUACAGUGGGACCUGUUAAAUGUAUAACCUAAUUUUUCUGGAAUUUUCUUUUCACUGGAAAUUUUUAUGUUGCAUUUUCCUUUUGGCGCAUGGAAAUGUGGUUGUUGAGAUAUUUAAAAGGGCUUUUCUGCCUUCUCUUUGGUUUAUUUAAUUUGAUUUGGGCUGUAAAAGUGUUAUUUCACAGGUUUAUCCUUUUAGCAGGUGUUGUUUAAUCAACCUCCACUGAACUGGGUUGACCCCUGUUGUACUGUUGUAUUACGACUAAAUAAAAAAGAAAGAACAAA